AUGCCUCGUAGCUUUAGUCGUCGAUUUAUUCGGCAUGGUCUCCUUCUAUGUACAUCGGCUAUAGGUACUGGUUUUCUUGGUCAAUAUGUACUCGAAAAAAGUAAAUUAAAAGCUGCUGAACAGCCAUCACAUAGACCUGCAGUGUGGCUAGAUGACUAUCCAACACGUGAAGCUCAGUUAGAUGCAAUGUCCAAAGAACCUGAAUAUGAUAUUGUAGUUAUUGGUGGUGGUGCUACUGGUUGUGGAGUUGCUGUUGAUGCAGCAAGUCGCGGUCUCAAAGUAGCUUUAGUAGAAAAAUAUGAUUUUAGUAGUGGUACUUCAUCACGAUCAACAAAAUUAAUUCAUGGCGGCGUUCGAUACUUACAAAAGGCAAUCAUGCAAUUUGAUCUUGAACAAUAUCGUAUGGUAAAAGAAGCUUUAUAUGAACGUGGUAAUCUUCUUAAAAUCGCACCACAUUUAUCAUAUCCUUUACCAAUAAUGUUACCUAUUUACAAAUGGUACCUUUUACCGUAUUAUUAUGCUGGUAUAAAAGCAUAUGAUAUCGUAUCAGGUCGACAAUUACUACGAUGGUCAUAUGUAAUAUCAAAAACAAAAGCAUUAGAAUUAUUUCCUAUGUUAAAAAAAGAAAAACUUGUUGGUGGAAUUGUGUAUUAUGAUGGACAACAUAAUGAUGCACGUAUGAAUAUUGCACUUGCAUUUACAGCAGCACGUAUGGGUGCAAAUAUUGCUAAUCAUUGUACUGUAACUGAAUUUAUACAUGAAGAUGUUCAAGUUAAAAAUGCUGACGGACAAUCAGAAACAAAAAAAAAGAUUCGAGGUGUUAAAUGUUUAGAUCGAUAUCAAAAUAAAGAAUUUUCAAUUCGAACAAAAUGUGUUGUGAAUGCAACAGGACCUUAUACAGAUAUAAUUCGACAAUUAGAUGAUGCAACGACACCAAAAAUUUGUCAACCAUCAUCUGGUGUUCAUAUUGUCUUACCAGAUUAUUAUAGUCCAAAUAAUAUGGGUCUUCUCGAUCCGAAUACAUCUGAUGGACGUGUUAUCUUUUUUCUACCUUGGCAAAAACAUACAAUGGCUGGUACAACGGAUACACCUUGUGAAGUAUCUGAUUAUCCAUCACCAUCAACUGCCGAUGUAGAUUUUAUAUUAGGUGAAGUGAAAAAUUAUCUUUCAUCAGAUGUUCAAGUACGUCGAGGAGAUGUUUUAGCAGCAUGGUCUGGUAUUCGACCACUUGUUCUUAAUCCAAAUAAAAAAGAUACACAAUCAAUUGCAAGAAAUCAUAUUAUUCAUGUUAGUGAUUCAGGUCUUGUUACAAUUGGAGGAGGAAAAUGGACAACGUAUAGAGAAAUGGCUGAGGAAACUGUUGAUCGUUGUAUAAAAUCAGCUAAACUUCAACCAAAAAAUCCAUGUGUCACAAAAGGUUUAAUAUUGACUGGUGGUGAAACAUGGACACCAACAUCAUAUAUACGUCUUGUUCAAGAUUAUGGUAUUGAAACAGAAGUUGCUGUUCAUCUUUCAAAUACAUAUGGUGAUCAAGCAAAUAAAGUUGCUGAUUUAUCAUCAUUAACUGGAAAACGUUGGCCUGUUAUUGGUAAACGUUUACAUGAAGAAUUUCCUUAUAUUGAAGCUGAAGUUAUGUAUGCUAUAAAGGAAUAUGCUCGUACAGCUGUAGAUAUUCUUGCAAGACGUACACGUCUUUCAUUUCUUAAUGUAAUUGCAGCUGAAGAAGCUCUUCCCCGUAUUAUAGAAAUUAUGUCUAAGGAAUUAGAUUGGAAUGAACAAAAACAAAAGGAAGAAACAGAUCGUGCAAAAACAUUUCUUCUUCGUGAAAUGGGCCUUAAUUUGAAACGUGAUAUGCGUCGAAAUGUACCAAUUAAUUUCACACGUGAAGAAAUGGGUUAUUAUAUGAAACAUUUCCGACGAAUUGAUGUUGAUAAUAAAGGUUUUCUAACACUUAGUGACUUAAAACGACAUUUACAGGUAUCGGAUAGUGAUAUAUCAGAAGAAGAACUUCGAAUUCUUAUGCGUGAAGUUGAUCAAAAUCAAAAUGGUAUUAUUGAAACUGAAGAAUUUCUUCAAUUAAUGAGUGCAUUAAAUACCGGUGCUGUAUCCACAAGUCAUUUUGUUAAAGCUGCUCGAAUUGGUAAAAUCAAGAGUAAUGCACCACCUGAACGAAGUGGCGGUGGAGUUUAG